CAGGCUGAGCAGAGUGUUACACAAAUUCGACCGUUCGCAACGAGGCGUGCGACACGACUCAAUUAUUCAAUAUUUUAUCUUACCUUGACACUAUUACCCAAAUUUAUUUUCAUAAUUAAAAGUUCACACAGACACAUUAAAGGACUAUGUGCUACCACUUAAAGAUUCUAGUCUAAAGGUUUGUCUAUGAUCGGUUUCCAGUCUGGCAUCAAAUAAACACUUCCAAAUUUUUAUUUGUAUGCGGAGAUCAUUUCCGCAACCUAUAGUUUCACUCGCCACACAUCUCAUUGCGUUAGGAAAGCUGUCGAAAGGUUAUUCGCUACGUUGUAGCUAUCCAGGGUACAUAAAUAGUGUAUGAUUAAUUAUAUUUCUGUUGCUCAUAGUAAUAUUAGCAACGUCAUUAUUUACAAUCAAUAUUAUAUUUAUAUUACGGUUUCUUAGCAACAAUUUCGAUUAAAUCGACUUUGUUGGACACAUUACUGUGGGUAUUAAAGGUCCAGUAAAGCAUUGUAGCUCUAGUGUUUUCGGCUUUUUUGAUAACUAUGUUAUCGCGAAGGGAUAAGCUAUUGAUACAACCGUGGGCAGAUCGCAGGUUCAAAGACCAUCGUUCAAAAGUAAAAUCCGCUUUACCGGCGAUAGACGACCGCCCGCCGACAGCCAGGCCUCACGUGGCACUCAAGCUGAAGAAAUGCCAACGUGAACUCGAUAGGAAAAAGAAAAUACAGAAUGAAAACUUCAGCCUCUUACAGCGGCUUAACGCUAUCAUGAAGGUUAACCGCCUUGACAAUAGAUGGGAAAAACCGCUACCAAAUUUCCAUCACAAAGUGGGUUUGUUCUACGAUGUGGCUUCGCUGAACAAUAGGAUUUCAGCUCGCUCCCUCGCGGACGACACCUUCGACGAAUCCUACAGCAAUGUCAAAUGCUACGCUUGCGAUUUGAAGAAGAAACACUACACGCUGCAAUUCAAAACUUUCAGCCCGAUGACACAAAAUUCUUUACCAUCUAUAAAUUCAAACUGAAUUGUUGGUUCAAAAUAAAUAUGUUGAAAAUUA